AUGGACGCAGCGGUAAACCAGGUCCCAGAGGACACCGGGGUCGGUCUGGUCCCAGGGGUCAUGCAGGUCAACCAGGCCCAUCGGGUUUGCCUGGAGCUGCAGGAGCAGUGGGAGCAGAAGGAAAGCCUGGGUCCUCCGGGAGCAGGGGGCACCGUGGGCUGUAAGGGGCCAACGGGUUUUUCUGGUGUUUCUGGGGAGAGAGGAGCAGACGGGCUGCCUGGAUCCCCUGGCCCUCCGGGGAAAGUGGGACCUCCGGGAGCUCCAGGAGCUCCAGGCGAGAGAGGCUUCACCGGAAAAGCAGGCGUAGAAGGGCCCCAGGGUCCUGUUGGCAUGGCAUCCAGGGGACAGUGGGGAAGCAAGGACACCCAGGACCCACUGGUGAAAGGGGAGAAGCAGGAGUGCGAGGUUUACCAGGACCUCCGGGAGAGCCAGGACCUCCUGGUCGCCCGGGUCCAUUUGGAGAGCGAGGGCAGCAGGGACCGCAGGGUCGGCUCGGAGACGAAGGGGACCGAGGUUUACCAGGACCUCCAGGAGCCCUUGGUUUUGAUGGAAGUGAUGGAGAAACUGGAAAACCCGGUCCCAGAGGAGGAAGAGGAACCCCUGGAUCUGAGGGGGGUUCCAGGCGCUGAUGGAAAGUUAGGAACAGCAGGAGAGAAAGGACUAAAGGUCAGUCUGACUGUCCGCCCUCACACGCCCAGGGUCCACCGGGCUCAGCAGGGGACUCUGGACCACCAGGACCAGACGGAGCACAGGGCCUGCCUGGUUCUAGAGGGUCAGAGGGUCCUCCUGGACACAAAGGACAACAGGGUGACUCUGGGUCAUGUGGCUCACUUGGAUCUCCAGGACUCCCUGGAGAAAGGGGGCUGGAAGGACUGGCCGGUCUCCUGGGACCAGCAGGACCAUUGGGUAAAGAGGGAGAUGUUGGACUUCCUGGUGAAGUUGGCAGCCCAGGACCCAGUGGAGCAAAGGGUGUGUCUGGACCUCCUGGUUCCUCUGGUCGAGAAGGCCCCUGGGGAGCCCCUGGAGCAAUAG